AGGCGGAGCUCCACCCGGAGCUUCUGAGAGGCACGUACUGCAAGCGCCUGUCGCUUGCCCUUGAAUCGCCGUCCCUGUCGGUAACCUGGUGACGGCGCGGAGAUGGGGCUGUUGCCGGCCGAGGCGCAGGUUCUACCGCCGCCAGGGAUCGUCAACAGGAACAGCGUAUGGUUGGGCUUCAUCGGCUGGACCGCUUCGCUGCUGCAGAACGGCCUCAACCGGCGGCCGGCCUUCGGAUCCGGUGUGCACCGACAGCUUCUCUUCGUAACUGUUGGGUGGUUUGUUGGAUAUCAUAUUAGCAAGCUAGAAAAUUACAAGUCUGCCAAAAAGGAUAAAGAAAUGAUGGACUAUAUUCAGCAGCAUCCAGAUGACUUUCCUGAAGGGGAAAAAAAGACAUUUGCGGAGAUUCUGGAGGAUUUCCAUCCAAUUCGCUGAACCAAUCAAUAGUAAUACUUAGCUGACAGGCCAUGUUGGGUAAUCCUUCAUACUCAAACUAUCUAUCAGCUGGUGUAUAAGAACGUGCUGUGAGCUCAUGGUCUUUCUCAUUGUAAAUUGCUUUAUAAUAAAUUAUAUGAAAUUAUA